CGAUUCAAAUUCAGUAUUCGACAUUUGAAUCUUACAGCGUCAAGUUGAGGGAAGCAUAGACAGAGAAUUUUUGUUUUUAAACACGGGAAUUUUGAAAUAGUGUUGAUAAAUUAUUAAUCAAAAUGGAGAAGUUAUUGCAUUUAAUUUUUGUGGCGAUCAUCUUCACUGCAGUCCAUUGUGAUGAACAAUGCUCACAGAAAAAACAAGCUAGUACCGGCAACAGACUCAUCGACCAAGACUUCGGUUUGGAACUGACUCCAGACGAUUUGAUCUCAUCCAUGAUGUCGCCUUGGAUGUUACGGGAUUAUUACCGUCCGUGGCGUUACCUUGAAUCCCUCACCAGGGAUCUAGGAUCGACUAUAAAGUCUGAGAAGGACAAGUUCACAAUCAAUUUGGAUGUACAACAUUUCGCGCCUGAAGACAUAAGCGUCAGAACGGCUGAUGGGUAUGUUGUGGUGGAAGCGAAACACGAGGAGAAAAAGGACGAACAUGGAUUAAUUUCAAGGCAAUUUGUAAGGAGAUACGAGUUGCCAGAAGGUGUUGAAACUGAGAAUGUGGUGUCCCAACUGUCAAGCGAUGGUAUUUUGACAAUUACAGCGCCCAAAAAGGAGAUUGAUGGUAAAGGAGAAAGAGUGGUGCCUAUAACCCAAACGGGUCCGGUCCGGAAAGAGGCUAAAGAAUCCAAAGAGGGGUCGUGUUUUGCCGAUGAAAAAUGCAAGCAUUGAAUUGGCGUAACACUCGAAUUCAGUUAAACCUAUCUCAAGACUGAUAGUAGGUAAUUUAUGUUAUUAUCUCAAUAAAUAAACACUUUUUUUUUAACAAAUUCAA